CCGCGAUCUUGCUUGUAGCUUCCAACGGUUGGAAAGGGUUGACUGAAAGCUUCGGUCCGACUUCUCUUUUCUCAAGACUAACAAAGAAUUAGCAUGACCAUCACCUUACUGAACACAGAAUCACUCCUCUCCUGAACCACGUAAGAUUUUUGCAUCAGAAUUUUUUGGACUUGUUUCAUCUUCUUUCAGAAUAAUGGAUUCUGAAUUAGUACAUAGUGUAGUUGGAAGCUAUCUUAAACCUCCAGAAAGAGUGUUUGCUCCACCAUUCACCCAGAAUGAAUCAUCUCAGAGUUGCUACCCUCUGAACUUAGAAGUUAUCUCUCCUAAAAUGCUUCAGAGUCCAAAUAGCCAAGCUCUUAUUUUAGCCUUAAAAAGUCUUCAGGAAAAGAUUCGUCGUUUAGAGCUAGAGAGAACACAAGCUGAAGAUAAUCUGAAUAUCCUCUCAAGAGAAGCAGCAGAAUACAAAAAGGCCUUGGAGAAUGAAACAAAUAAGAGAAAUCUGGCACAUCAGGAACUGAUAAAGCAGAAAAAGGAUAUAAGUAUACAAUUAAGUGCAGCCCAGUCUCGUUGUACUCUUCUAGAGAAACAACUAGAAUAUACAAAGAGAAUGGUUCUCAAUGUUGAGCGAGAAAAGACUAUGAUCCUAGAACAACAGGCCCAGCUUCAAAAGGAAAAAGAACAAGAUCAGAUGAAGCUACAUGCAAAACUUGAAAAGCUCAAUGUCUUAGAGAAAGAAUGCAUUAGAUUGACAACAACUCAAAAAACUGCUGAGGACAAGAUUAAAUAUCUAGAGGAAAAGCUUAGGGAAGAAGAACAUCAUCGUAAACUGUUUCAAGACAAAGCUUCUAAGCUUCAAACUGGGCUUGAAAUCAGUAAAAUUUUAAUGUCUUCAGUUUCAAAUUCAAAACUCUCCAGGGAAAAGAAGAAGUCAUCAAAGAAAACUUUAAAAAGAAGCCCAUCACAGCAAAUGUAUUCAAAGCUUAGAGCACCACCUUUUGUACCUGAAAAGUCGGCCAGUGCAGGCUAUUCUGUGAAUGCAGGUAUACAAACCCUUCUGCAGAUGAUGUAUCACCAUGGCCCACAUCAUCAGAAACCUGUUCAGGUGAUUGAGCCAAGACGCCUCCACAAGCCUGCCAGAACAGCUUCCCAGGGUAAAACUGUACCUUGUGACUCAGGAAAGUCCAUUUCCGUUUGUGACAAUUUGUCUGAAAUUUUAAUGGCGAUGGAAGAUGAGCUAGACCAAAUGAAUAUGGAACGUGAAGAACUACUGAAACAAAUGAAGGAAUCUCAAAGUCAUUCAGUCUGUGAUGAUAUAGAAUGUGAACUAGAGCAUCUAAUCAAGAAAAUGGAAAUUAAAGGAGAACAAAUCUCCAAACUGAAGAAGCAUCAAGACAGUGUCCAAAAACUGCAGCAAAAAGUUCAAAACUCAAAGAUAAAUGAAGCUUCGGGUAUUCAUCGAGAAGAAAGCAACCCUAAAGGAACAAAGAACAUAAAAAACAGCUCCAGGAAAUGUUUGAAUGAAACUAACCCUUUUCAGAAAAACAGCAGCUCUCAUCCAGUACAAGUUCAUAAUGUUCAAGUGAAAUUGAGAAGAGAUGAUAUCAUGUGGGAGCAGUAACACAAUAGCAAAACUCUCACCUUAAAUGAACUUUGUCUGCGACCUCUUGAAUUACCUAAUAUGCUUUUAAUAUACCUUUCUGAAAUUUUGAAUUAUGUUUCUGGCAUCUAUAAAAACAGGAAGUUACAUGUUUAAAAAUUAAUGCUUAAUGACCUACUAAGAAUUCCAAAUUAAUUUUCAUUUACCAAAUUUUCUGACCUCAUCAUGUUUUAGAAGCAUUGCUCACUUUGCAGGUAUCUUACAUAAAGUCGAAGAAAUUGUAUUAGAUUGGUAAUGCUUAAGUUCAAGUUAAAUCUGAGAUACAAGUUUCAUUCCACUUUUUUGUUUACUAGGCUUAAUUUUCCUGGGGCUGCUUCCCUAUCUUAUUUUAAAGCUGUGGACUGUGUUUUUUGGUGAGGGGGAGGAGAAAAAUAUUCAGAUUUCAUGAAGACACCUUUAACCUAAGUUUUAUGUGCCAGUUACAAAUAUUGACUUAAUUUUAAUUUUAAUUUUUUUUUUUUGUCAGUCGUGGGGCUUGAGCUCUUCAGCUCAAGGCUAGCGCU